AUGCUUAGGCACAUAAGGAAAAGGCUGGAUGGGUUAAGCAGGAAGUAUGACAACAACGAUAAUCAUCCAAUAUCAUCUGAUGAAGAAACAUUGCAAGCACGCAAGUUCAGAACCGAAACUAAAGAGCUGCCGUUGACGGAUCUUUCACCGAGUAUAUCACAGCAUCAAGAGACUUCGCAAGGCACAGAUUCUGAUGGCGAGACCAUAGGAUCAAUGCUUAGGCGCACAAGGAAAAGGCUGGAUGGGGUAAGCAGGAAGUAUGACAACAACGAUAAUCAUCCAGUAUCAUCUGAUGAAGAAACAUUGCAAGCACGCAAGCGCAGAACCAAAACUAAGGAACUGUCAUUGGAGAAUCUUUCACCGAUCACAUCACAGCAUCAAGAGACUUCACAAGGCACGCAUUCUGACGAUGAGACCAUAGGACAUGUGCUUAGGCGCACAAGGAAAAGGCUGCUUGUGUUAAGCCAUAAGAAUGAUAACGGCGAUAAUCAUUCAAUAUCAUCUGAUGAAGAAACAUUGCAAUUACGUAAGCGCAGAACCGAAACUAAAGAGCUGCCGUUGAUGGAUCUUUCACCGAGUAUAUCACAGCAUCAAGAGACUUCGCAAGGCACAGAUUCUGAUGGCGAGACCAUAGGAUCAAUACUUAGUAGAGGAAAGAAGAAAAGGUUAUCCACAUCAGAUGUUACAGAGAAUAAACAAGAACACCUAGAUUCUUUGAAGAACAUUGGUCUGGGGGUUGAGACUAUCGGUUCAAAUAUGAUAACCAAAAAUAAGGAGCUGCCAUCUGUGGAUCUUGCACCAAGUAUAUCACAGCAUCAAGAGACUUCGCAGGGCACAGAUUCUGAUGAUGCGACCAUAGGAUCUCUGCUUGGUAGAGGAAAGAAGAAAAGGUUAUCAACGUCAGAUAUUACAGAGAAUAAACAAGAAGACCUAGAUUCUUCGAAGAACAUUGGUCUGGGCGUUGAGACUAUCGGUUCAAAUGCCAUAACCAAAAAUAAGGCGCUGCCGUCCGUGGAUCUUGUACCGAGUAUAUCACUGCAUCAAGAGACUUUGCAGGGCACAGAUUCUGAUGAUGAGACGAUAGGAUCUCUGCUUAGUAGAGGAAAGAAGAAACGGUUAUCGACAUCAGAUGUUACAGAGAAUAAACAAGAACACCUAGAUUCUUCGAAGAACAUUGGUCUGGGGGUUGAGACUAUCGGUUCAAAUAUCAUACCCAAAAAUAAGGAGCUGGCCUUGGUGGAUCUUCCACUGGGUAUAUCACAGCAUCAAGAGGCUUCACAGGGCACAGAUUCUGAUGAUGAAACCAUAGGAUCUCUGCUUAGCAUAGGAAAGAAAAGAAGGUUAUCUACAUCAGAUGUUACAGAGAACAGACAAGAACACCAAGAUUCUUCGAAGAACAUUGUUCCGGACAUGGAUACUAUCGGUUCAAAUGUCAUGGACGCCCCUCUCCAUCCGGAGCUGAACUCAUCUAAUGAUAACGUUGGUGAUGCUGAACUUCUGGAUGACUUGAGUGAGCCUGAGCUGGAUGGUCGUGAAGAUACCGAGAAAAAAAUCAUCGACGACAGAGACAUGCCUGAAUCUGGGGACAUGACAGGCUCUAAUGCCGGUCAGAAGGCUGGUUUGAAAAGAAGACAGAGAAUGGUAAUUGACGACGAUGACGACGAGUAG